CGCCGCCCCCCGGUGCCCGGCCGCGGUGCCGCCGCCGAGAUGGCCGACAGCGUCGUCCUCAUAAGCGACCAGGACUCGGAGGGCAGCCGCUCGCCGCCGCCCCGGCGCCGCGCCCGCCGCCCAUCGCGGCCCGUGCUGCCGCCCCCCGCGGAGAUCAUUGAUCUGACCUGCGAGGACAUGAGCACAGACCCGGCGCCAUGGACGAGCUUCACCAUCAUCGACCUGACGGAGGACACGUGGAGCCCUCCCCACAGCACCAGCCAGGCUGACCAGGACCCUGGGCCGGCACCUGCUUCCCCGGCAGCACACACAUUCCACCCCCGGCUCUUCUCCACCCUAAAGCAAGAAACAGAGGCAGGAUCGAGCCCUGCAGCGCCCUGUCCCAGCGCUCCCAUGGGGUCCAGUGCCACCACAGACACAGCAGAAAGCACAAACUAUAGCUGCAUCUCUCCCACCCCCAGCUCCUCCAGCAGCCCGGAGCAGAACUGCAGCACUACCACUUUUAACAGUGACUUGGGCUCCUUGGCCAGCAUGCAGCUGGACUCAGACCUGCUGUCCUUGUCCCCCUCCAGCCUGGACAGCAGCAGUGGUCCAGAAGAAGAGACUCCCCAUCUCUGCCAGCAAAGGGAGCUCCCCCCAAGGCUGAGCCCUGUCCCAGCCAUCCCCACAAUGCCAGGGAAGGCCCAAGGGCCUUUGCUGGAAGCAAGUGAUUUACAGCCACACAAAGCAAUCCCACACAUUGUCCCAGCCAGGGCCAAGGCUGAAAACAAGGUCUGGCUGAACAAACUGCAUUAUUUCAGGAGGAGCGGAGUCCAGCACCUUUUCCUCCAAGGUGUAACACCCAACAGGGAAACACAGCAGCAGAAAUCUCAGCUCAUGCCCAGCGGGAAGCUGAGCAUGGUCCACAACACCAUGGAGGAGAACUUCGUGGAGGCCACCUUGCAUUUCCUGAAUGAGUUCGUCUCCUACCAGCACUGUCCCCCAAAAGAAAUCAUCUCCUACUUGAUCAGACAGAUCCUAUUGAACAACCACAGAAGAGAGAUCCUGAAGGACACCUACAUGCUGCUGAUGAAGAUCCAAAUGCUUCAUCCAGCCAAUGCCACCACAGUCGGAUGGGACUGGAUGCUGCUGAAGUACAUAAUGGAGGACAAGGUACUUGGCACAUGUCGCACUGAGCAGGGAUCAUCCAGCAUAGAGUGCCUGAGGGAGAAGCCCCAUGGUCAGCUCCUCUUCCUGCAGUACGUGGUGCAGACCCUGGAGGAUGACUUCCAGCAGAACCUGAGGUUGCGCCUGCUGCAGAAGUCAAUUGCCAAGAAAGUGCUUUCAUGUGACAUGUGCUUCAAUAACGUCAAGGAGGUGGUUGAAUGGUUGGUCGCAACAAUCACAGGAAUCUAUUUGUCACAGCCCCAGGAACAACCACAAGAAACUACAUCUUUAGCAGAAGCAAGGGCCAAACACAGCUCAUCUGCACCAUGGUUGGCCAGCACUAACCAGGCAGAGGUGGCUCCACCACCUUUCUUCACUCAGAAGAUGACACUCCUGCUCCAGCGGAUGUUGUCCAUCGCAGUGGAAGUGGACAAAUCUCCCAACUGCAGCUCCUGUAAGAUCGCAGAUGUGAUAUUCCCAUUUAUACUGAAUAUUCCCCUGAGGAGCCAAAGGGAAGCUUUCCUAAAUACCAUGGGGAGCCAACUCCUGCGUUGCAAACUGCUAGAGCUGUUGUUCCAACAUAGCUGUGAUGUGCCUACAACCUUGCCUUUGUCUCUGGCCAAGAUCCUUUAUUUCCUUAGCCACUCCUCUGUGCUGCUGCAAUACCAGGAUGAAACAGCAACAUGGCAAAAAUGGGAUGAGAUGUUGGAGUACUUGAGCUUGCUGCUGCUGAGUUACCAAAAUGUAAUACUGGAACACUUACGAAGCUCACUCACUGAGCGGAUGGAUUUGAUCAUUCAGAAGGCCAAGCCCAAGCUCCAGGACAGCGACGACAUCAGCCACCUGGACAUCCAUCUGAAGAUAGAGGACUUCAUCAGCCGAAUGCAGCAGCUCCUGGGAGAGCCUUUUCCUCUGCAGAUCAUGGAGAAACUGAACAUGCUUCGGGAGUUGUUCCUCAUUAUCACUGCUACCUGAUGGAGACAUUCACUGCAGCAGGGGGGCACAAAGAACUUCAUGUUUCCUCUAUAAACCCCCAUCAAAACCCCCAUCUCGUGCUGCAGUGUUAAGUGUUGCAUAUCAGGAGUUUGGUUAUACAUUUCUUUGGGAAAGAACAAAUGUCUGGUUUACAUGGUCUCAGUUUCCUUGCAAAUUUGCCUCAUUCCACGGUUUUACCAAGCACUCUGUACACUUUAAAAAUAAAUUAUUUUUGUUA